GCAGGACAACAGCUUGGUGGUGCUCUGCGAGGACCGCGGUGCCAGCCUUUUCGCAUCUUCGAAGACGAUGUUCCAGUGGGCCGCGGACGUGGAGAACCUGAGCAAUCUGCAGGAGGAGCAGACGAAGGAGCUCACGAAGUGGCUGAAACGGUUUUUUCCGGAGGAGUAUUCCUAUGGCGGCCUUUUCAAGUUCGAUUCGCACAAGGUUCUCGCAUUGGGCGGCACCGUGGAGCACCGCAAAAGGGCUGCUUGCGUGGGCUUCGUGGUUUUGCUGUGCCAAGACCCGUCGAAACUGUCGCCGCCGUGGCGGCGGGUAUGGGACGAG